GUCGCCGUCUCUUUCCAUCUCUUUCAUCCCAUCUAAUGUGGCAAUUUUGCACAAUCAUCUUGCCAAUUGAUAGGCCGCUACCACACAUCCAGCGCUUCCCGGUUCGCGGGCACGAUCCAACUGCCGCUACGCCCAUAGUUUACACAGUGCACGUGAUCGUGGCGAAGAUUUUGCCAGCUGAGUGUGCUAAAAAGAAAACACUUUCAGCUAUGGUUGGCAGCUGGUGUUGGUCAUACAUCAGAGAUGUGAUGUGCUUUUAUUUCCUCUCCGACCGUACAGCCGAUAAGAUGGGCGAGGCGCGAUCGUCCGUGGUGCCGUUCUGGACAGUGUUGCUGCUAGCGAUCGGUGCAGGCGUUCAUUAUGCGCACGGCGCCAACAUUCUUGCCCUGAUGGCUGUGCCUAGUCCGAGCCAUCACAUUUGGAACCGUGCGCUGGUGGAUGCGCUAGCUGCCCGUGGCCACAACCUGACCGUCGUAUCGCCGGACGUAGAGCGAAAACCGCCACCGAACGUGACGUACAUUCAUCUGGAGAAAACGUACGACACGAUCCACGAGGGCGCGACGGCGAUCGAUUUCUACGAGAUGGGCCAAUCGGGCAUACUGGAGAGCAUGCGGAUCUUCUACGACUACGCGAUCUCGAUGUGCAUCGGCAUACUCGGGUCGGAGGGAUACCAGACGAUCAUGAACUAUCCGCGCGAUACCAAGUUCGAUCUGGUGCUGUACGAUUUCACCUGCGGUCCGUGUCUGCUCGCUGUGUACGAUCGGUUCGGCCAACCACCGAUGGUUGGUGUGACGGGCUUCAACACACCGCCCUACACGACCGAUCUGAUCGGGGGCCACAAGUAUUACGCCUACGUGCCUUACUACACGCUGGAUUACGACAGCAGUAUGAACUUUUUCCAACGAUUCUACAAUGCCGCCAUCCAUUGGAUCGAUUACUUCUACCGCAACUACAUCUUCCUUCCGGAAACGGAUCGCCUUGUACGCGAGCACGAAAAGGCAAACGAUCUUCCCUAUCUCGGUGCGUUGGAUCAGAAAAUGAUGCUUAUGCUGGUGAACUCUCACCAUUCCGUAGACUUCCCCGAACCGAUCCCUCAAAACAUGAUCCAGGUCGGUGGGCUACAGAUCAUUCCGCCGAAACCUCUUCCAGCCGAUAUCGAUCGCUUCAUACGGGGAGGGAAGAAGGGUUCCGUGCUGUUUUCUCUCGGAACGAACGUGCUCAGUAAAGAUUUGGGUCCGGAACGGAUCAAAGCGUUCCUGCAAGCGUUCCAGCAAAUGCCGGCCUAUAACUUCCUGUGGAAGUUUGAAACGGACCUACCGUACGAUCUGCCGCCGAAUGUUAUGAUGAAGAAGUUUCUGCCACAGAAUGAUAUUCUCGCCCAUCCGCAUGUGAAGGGCUUCAUGACGCAUGGCGGGCUGCUGAGUACGCACGAGGCAACGUGGCACGGUGUGCCAAUGAUCGGUAUCCCCGUGAUCGCUGAUCAGUAUCGGAAUCUCGCUAAAUCCAUCCGCGCUGGUGUAGCGGAAAAGAUUAGUCUGUGGGAUCUGACCACGGAGAAAAUACGCAACACGGUGCUGAAGGUGCUGGAGUCACCCCGCUACCGUGACGCCAUGAAGGUACGAUCGGCGCUGUUCCGCGAUCAAUCGGAACAUCCGCUCGAGCGGGGCGUCUGGUGGGUCGAAUGGGCCCUACGCCAUCCGAACGCAAAGACGAUCCAAUCGCCCACCCUCGAGCUUGGACCGUGGCGAAGCGAACUGUAUGACGUGAAGGCCUGCCUGGUGCUGGCCGUACUGUUGAUCGUUUAUUUGCUGCACAAAACGGGCAAAGCACUCUUUGCAAAAGCUUCCCAGCCGGGUAAAACGAAAAAGAAAGUACACCAUCCAGUAGCCGUUGGCGCUCGUUUCCAUGGUGAUCUCCGUACAAUGAUACUCGGGCUAGUGAUACUCUUGCUCUUCCAGCAAUGUUGCUGGCAGCCAUCAGCCGGCGCAAACAUCCUCUGUCUUACGCCAGUCCCCAGCCCAAGCCAUCACAUCUGGAACCGAGUCUGGAUCGAGGCACUCGCUGCACAUGGACACAACCUAACGGUUAUAUCAGCGGAUGUGGACGAGCGAACAGCUUCACCCAACGUCACCUACAUCUAUCUCGAGCAUGCCUACUCGGAUCUGCACACGGAGCUCGAUCUGUUCCAAAUGGCGUCCCACAGCGCACUCACCGGAAUAAAGGACCUAUACGUCUGGGGUACGGCCAUGUGCAAGGGAGUGCUACGCUCCAAAGGGUUGCAAGUAAUUCAAGCCUAUCCAGACGAUUUCCGGUUUGAUUUGAUCAUCGCGGACAUCACCUGUGGGCCGUGUCUGUUUCCACUGAUACAUAAAUUCCACCAUCCACCACUGAUCGGCGUAACGGCGUACAACAAUCCACAGUUUACGGCCGAUUUCGUCGGCGGACACAAGCACUAUGCGUAUGUGCCGUUCUUCACGUUAAACUACGACUCCGAUAUGACCUUCUAUCAGCGAUUCUACAACUGGGUUCUCCACAAUGUCGAUCAUUUCUAUCGCCAUCACGUGUUUCUUCCCCGCAUCGAGCAGAUGGUACGCAACCACUUCCACUACCCUGGCAUGCCAUCGUUGGAGCAGAUGGAGCACAAUACCAUACUGCUGCUUGCCAACUUCCACUACUCUGUUGACUUUGCCGAAUCAAUCGCACCGAACCACAUCCCGGUCGGUGGACUGCAGGUGCGACCCGCCAACCAUCUUCCAGACGAUCUGGCCACCUUCAUUGCAGCCGGUAGGGAAGGAACGGUGUUGUUCUCGCUCGGCACCAACGUAAGAAGUGCCGAUUUGGGGAUGGAACGUAUCUACAUGUUCCUGGAAGCGUUUCGCCACCUGCCGGAGUACAAUUUCCUGUGGAAGUUUGAAGAGCUGCCACCGUUUGAGGUUCCUGCGAAUGUGUUGAUAAGGGCGUUCUUGCCCCAGAACGAUGUGUUAGCGCAGCCGAACGUUAAGGCGUUCAUUACGCACGGCGGUAUGCUGAGUACGCACGAGGCUACGUGGCACGGUGUGCCGAUGGUUGGGAUUCCUUUUAUCUGCGAUCAGUAUCGGGUCAUCAGUCGUUCUGAACCAGAGUCGAAGUCAUCCGGAGUCGGUGUUGACCGAAGCUGGAAUCAGAGUCGUGUGGAGUCGUAUUCGGCUAGAGUAGGUCAGAGUGGUCCGGAUUGGGAUCUAGUCGAAGUUGGAGUCAUUCAGCGUCGAAGUGAUCAGAACCUCCACAAAUCGGUAACGGCCGGUGUUGCACUACGCCUAGCACAUGAUUCCCUUUCGGUGGAGCAAAUUCUAUCAGCUCUCCGGGAGAUACUAACCAACACCAGCUACCGAGAUGCCAUGAAGCGCCGUUCCGUACUGCUGCGCGAUCAACCGGAACAUCCGCUCGAUCGAGCCGUCUGGUGGAUCGAGUGGGUCCUACGUCAUCCCGACGGGAGGGCAAUACAAUCACCCACCAAGCAUAUGACAUUCUGGCAGUACGAGCUGUACGAUAUAAAGCUGACACUGAUACUACUUACCCAAGCGCAAGUGUGCCAUUCUAUACAUACGGGAGACUCGUUCGCGUGCCUCCGUCCGACACAGCAGGUGACCCUUUCUCGUCUACUCACACACCCAGAGGCAAUGUACGAUGAUGACCGCGGAAUCAUUCUUCGCUCAGCUAACGCUCAUCUCGCGCUAGUUCAUAAGAUAACGGCGAUGCGUACGAACGUAUCGCUUGUCGCGCUCUGCGCACUAGCGGCACUGUCCGCCGUCCAGACAGCAAACAUCCUCUGCAUCAUGACCGUGCCUAGUCCAAGCCAUCACAUUUGGAACCGUGUCAUCAUGGAGGAGCUGGUAGCUCGGGGCCACAAUGUAACGGUCGUCUCGCAGGAUGGUGAUGCAUCGCGCACCAACCUUACCUACAUCAUGCUGGAAAAGGUAUACUCCACCCUGUACGAAGACGAAGGGCUUGAUCUGCUGGAAGUGUCGAAAGAAACCCCCUUUCAGUCACUGUUCACCUUCCGCGAGUUCUAUCUCGGCAUGUGCCGGGGAGCGCUCAAGUCGAACGGAUUGAACGUGAUCCUCAACUAUCCCGACAGCUUCCGGUUCGAUCUCGUACUGUACGACUUUGGCUGUGGACCGUGUUUGCUACCGUUGCUGCACAAGUUUAACUACCCGCCGUUGGUCGCACUGACCGCAUUCAGCAAUCCACCGUACUCGGUGGACAUUGUGGGAGGUCAUAAGCAUUUUGCGUACACGCCACACUACGCCCUGCCGUACGGGUUCGACAUGAGUUUCGCCGAGCGGGCCUACAACACGUACCUCUGCCUGUGGGAUGCUGGUUUGCGUAAGUUUACCAUCCUGCCCCAGCUGGACGCAAUGGUAAGGGACCGGUUCGGCUUCAACGACAUGCCCUACCUACAGGCCAUUGAGCAGCGCACGGUUCUGAUGCUGGUUAACACUAAUCCCGCGUUCGAUGCGCCGGAACCACUGCCACCGAAUGUGAUUGCGAUCGGAGGGGCACACAUUAAGGAACCGAAACCACUGCCCAGCGAUUUGGAGCAGUUUGUGGGGAAGGCCAAAAAAGGGGCCGUACUGUUUUCGCUCGGUUCCAACAUCCGGUCGGACAUGAUUGGUGAGCAGCGUCAGCGGAUGUUUAUUGAAGCGUUCCGCCAAAUGCCGGACUAUCAUUUUCUGUGGAAGUUUGAAUCGAAACUGAACCUCCCGUUGCCACCGAACGUGAUCAUUCGGCCGUGGCUGCCCCAGAACAGCAUCCUGAACCAUCCCCGGACGCGAGGAUUCAUCACGCACUCGGGUGGAUUGAGCACGCAGGAAGCGUCCUGGUUUGGCGUACCACUGAUCGGAAUGCCGUUCUUUGUCGAUCAGCAUCGAAACCUCAAACGCUCCCUCAUUGGUGGUGUGGCCGAGCCGCUCGAUUUUGGCGCACUGUCGACGGAGAAAAUACGCGCCACCGUGUUGAAGGUGCUGGAAAGACCGAUCUACCGGGAGAACAUGCGACGCCGGUCGAUGUACUUCCGCGAUCAGCCGGAAAAACCGCUCGAUCGGGCGAUCUGGUGGAUCGAGUACGUGCUGAGACAUCCGACGGUGGAGCAUCUACGCUCACCGACGCUCAAGCUGGGCACGGCGAAGUCUAAUCUUUUGGACGUGUAUGGCUUCUUUGCUGGAGUGAUCUUGUUCGUGUUAUGGUUGGCCGUGUUCAUAGCAAGACGCAUAUGCUGUGGUCGUAAAAUGAAGUCGAAAAAGAAGCUACAGUGAAUGUCGGUACGCUUUGCAGAGUGGAGAUAACUGAGAUUUUAACAUUUAUUUGCGUUAUACAUAGUUUUGUUUUUUUAGUAAAUUUUAUAGUUGAAGAUAAAUACAAAAUAACGAAUUUGUAACUAA